AUGGCUUUACGUGCCCAUUCAUCUCUUAUCUGUAGAGAUAUAUACCACUUGCAGCAGUUUCUCGUUCCAGUAAAGAAUUGGACGCCGUCUUUUGGUUUACAUGAUCAUCUUAGUGAGAAAAGCUCCGUCUGCUCCCAAGCAGGUGGAGCUGGACUAGGUGCAGUUGUAUCGGAAUUACUGAAAGCACUUCUACAUGAGAUAAAGCAAUAUAGGAGUUUCACAGACGAUUUUCAGAGACUACAAAUCACGCUAGAAUCAAUAUUCUCUGACAUUGAAGCUAUUGAACGUCGAGAGCCAAGCACCGAAUUAGAAAAACUUCACGAUGAGUUAAAGGAUGGGAUGAUGUUGGUUCAGAAGUGUUCAGAGGUUCAACAAUCUUGGAAUUGCAAGGUGAAGAAGAGGUACUCAAAUGACCUUAGACGAUUGGAUAAGUGCAUGGUUGAAUUUUUCGGUAUCAAUGUACAGGCACACAUGUGGUCUGAUGUUAUACAUAUCAAACAGACAGUUGAUCGGUUGGAAAAAGGAGGCACAUCUGGUGGUUCGGUAGAUGCUCAUGAAGUCCCAGCUGCUACAGAUAAUCCCGAUACUAGUAGUACUAAUACUGCUGUCAGUUUGGAGGUGCCGCGAUCUUCUACGACUUGUCAUGAUGACAAAUUGGAGAUGAAUCAGUUCUCUUUUAGAGAUGAUGUGAGUGGUGGUAAAUUUUCCGCACCUAAAGGAAUUGCAAAGACAACUUUAUCUAAAAAGUUUGACCUCAAAGUUCUGAGGGAAGCUGACUUUGAAAUACUUGGGAAAGGGAUUUUUGAAAGCAACGACUCUACACCACACUGCUCAUCAGGUAGUACUAAAGGCAUCCAUUAAAGAGCCAACGCUGGAAAAGGAAGAUUUUAAACGUAGGAGGGAAAUCUUCCAGGAAUUCAUUGACAUAGUUUCUGGGAUUAGGCAUGCAAAUGUGGCUCCGCUAAGAGCGUAUUACUAUUCCAAGGAUGAGAAGAUUUUUGUGUACGAUUUCUACAGCCAGGGCAGUGUUUACUCAAUGUUACAUGAAGAAGGUAGGAUUCCUCUAGACUGGGAGGCUAGAGUAAAGAUAGCAAUUGGUGUAGCAAAAGGAAUUGCAUAUAUACAUGCACAAGAAAGCGGCAAUCUGUUCCACGGAAACAUCAAAUCCUCAAAUAUUUUUCUCAAUGGCGAAAACUAUGGUUGCAUUUCUGACCUCGGCCAAUGUACAUGGUUCACACCAUUGUUUGAUAUCAAUCACGAGGCACAUGGACACAUAGCCCCUGAAAUGGAUUACUUGCCAAAUCUCGGCACCCAACCAGCAGAUAUCUAUAGCUACGGAUGUUUUCUUGCUGAACUUGUUUCUGGAGAAAGAACUCGUAAGUCCUACUUUGGUUAAAUUACUUAGAAACAAAUACAUAUAUACACUGGAAAAUCGUCUGGAGAGACAAUUUAGAGAAAAGAAGGCACAGUGGAAAGAAAUGUUAUAGAUAGCUACCAUUUGUACUUCAAAAUGUCCAGAGAAAAGGCCGAAAAUACAUGAUGUACUGAUAAGGGUGAAUGGCAUUGCGUCCAUGGGUACUUCAAAGGGUCCGCAGGAUAGGCCGAAAAUACAUGAUGUACUGAUGAGUGUGAAGGGCCUUCUACGUAUGCAUGCAAAUUUUUGGAACUAGAGAGUUUUGAGGAACAGCAAAAUCAGCUUAGCAAGUUUGUGUCGAAAUCAAACAUCGCACUGUAUCUUUAAUUAUCUGGACUCAGAUGGAGCAUCCUUUUCUUGUGUUACCCAUAUUCUUCUUUUUUCAAUUUUCCCAUCAUCUUUUGGUGUUGGUAGUGGUUUUCUGAAAAGUGUUUGUUGUUGCUAUUUUUCUUCUGUUCAUAAAUGUAUUUGUUGUCUUUUAA